AGCAUCGAAAUUGUACGGAACGAACGAUAACGUUUAAUCAAAUGAAUCUUUGUUCAAUCCGGUUCGAUACAGUAGUAAUUAUUUUUUAGAUUCAAUAAACGAAACUAUUUAACGUGUCUUUUAAAUGAACCGAACCAAACGAACUGAAUUGUUCAAAUGACCCGUUUUGCUCAUUUCUAGUCGGAAACGAACGUAGGCGCCCACACAGUCGAUCUUUCAGUAAACUCGAUAGCACAUAACAGUGUAGCCAUCUCUAUUUUCUUUUUGUUAUUUGCGAGAACCUAACCUUUUCGGUGACUCCGAACAUAAAAGCGCGUCGCGGCAGCGUUGACGGUUGAGGUUGGCGAGUUCGAAAUCCGACCGUGACUGAUAAAUGUUUGACGAUUUUACUCGACAACGACACAGCACAAUAGUAGCGAUUGAUUAAAGUAACGAGAAUAUUAAUUAGACAAUAUGCAGACAUCGCGAGAGUGCACUGGACGCGGUCGGCUGCUCUCGCCUCGCCUCGCCUCUCUUCGACAGCGCUCGGUCAGAAGAAGGUUUUUUCGUGGCCGUGUCGAACAACACGAGAACAGUCGAGACGCGAAUACGAGAGAAUCGCGCUUCGUCCGUGCUCGUGCAUUCUCGCAUGUUAGGCACUGUGUUUUUUUUCGUGCGUAAGUCGUGCCUCCCGUCAUGUGCGAUUGGUCAAAUGAAUUGACGUUAAAGUUUUUGGAGUUGUACAAAAACGAACCCGUUGUAUGGGACCCAACGCAUUCGUGUCACAAGGACAGAAAAAAAAACAACGAUGCAUGGGUUCGAUUAAGCGGAAAACUAGAUUGUUCGGUUACCGAUUUGAAGAAAAAAAAAGACUCAAUAAUGGCUACAUUUAGGAGUCAUUUGCGGAAGAAAAGAGCUUCAAUCAAAUCAGGCGCGACUGAUAUUUACAAACCAGUAUGGUUUGCUUUUGAAUAUAUGGAGUCUUUCCUAGCACCGGUUUACAAAUGUCACCGGACAACUCUGAAUACUCGAGAUACAUCUUUUGUAACUGACGGACAAAGUCACCGUGAGGAAAUCAGCUCUGUAUACGACGAAGAAAAUCAAAGCGUGGUAACUGUGGAUAGACCAAAUACAACAAAAAAAAUAACAGAGAAUACGAGUUCAGCAGUUCUUGGACAACCAAACCUAACACCUUCAAGGCCAAAGCCAACGAUUCAACGUCACGAUUCUCCUCCCGAACUUCAAGAGACAGGAAACCAAAUAAAAGAAGCAUUUAAAAUGUUAAUAAAUGUUAUUACUAAAAGAACUAGCGAUAAAGAAGACGAUGAAUAUGAUCUUUUUGGUAAAAUGUUGGCGAAAAAAAUAAGAAAACUGCCAGAACAUGAACGUGAAGUAUUUAUGUACGAGAUCGAAGAAUUUUGAUCUUGCCCCAGGUGGGAUUUUAUCCUGCGGGUGCGCUUGUUCGCGGGGCCUCCUCGGCUAAUCUAAAUUCUCGUCGAGACCGUCUCGGCGAAUGUCGGCAUAAACGGCAUUGCACUUGUUACUCACGUCAGGGACGUAACUAAUACCAGGAUCGCAUGCGAUGGCGUCGACGGUUCGCCUUGAAGCACGUUUCUGAACACACGCGUACAAAAACGACUCACCCGCAAGCAAACUAACACGUCUGACACGCGGUCACAUGGAAACUCACGCGAUGAUGCAAAUUCGAACGGAUCCGAAGACCAGUGUCCCAUAAACGGCCGCUAUCCGCUGGCGCGUUUUAGUGUCAUCAAUGUGUUCGUUUAGUUGUCAAAAUGGACCGUUCAUAUAAUAAUAUAAUACUCGACUACAAAAUGUAAAUAAACCACAUCGUAUUGUUAAUACAUUUGAAUAAACAGU